AUGAAGAAGAACGAGCCUGCAUCGCCGCUCAAAGACGACGAUGCGCUGCGUUCGCAGCCGGCGCAGGAUGCAUCCUCCUCGUCCUAUCAGCCUUCCGGCAGCGAAGGGUCAGCUUCUGCCAAGGGGAGCAGCGACCUUCAGAGACCAGUAUCGAGCACAAGCACGGUAGCUGAUCCGAGCUCGGGCUCGAACUCGUUGAUAUCCAGCAUGAUUGCCGACAAUCCGAUCUUCUCGGGAGGACUGGGAUUGAUGGUGUUUGGUGGUGCGGUCGCCAUGCUUCGCAGGGGCGUCAAGGUGGCAGCAUCGACAGCACAGAGGCGACUGCUCAUAUCACUCGAGAUCCCAUCCAAAGAUCGAGCGCAUCCUUGGUUCCUGCACUGGAUGGCGGCGCAAUCACGCGCGCAGUCGAUGCGCGAGCGCGGACUGCUUGGCAAGCCGAAGAAGGAGGGGCUCGUGGACUUUCUCGGACUGCGCGAUCGAUCUGGCGAGCAACGGCCUGGCUCGAGCUCGAAAGGUGGCGUGGAUAAUCCGCUGAUGAUAGCAUCGAGCGGCUCUCUGGUCUCGCCCGUGCGCAUCCUCAGCCACGAGCUCUCGGUGGAAACCAACUACACGCCGCAUGCGUCGGCAUCGACGUCCAACGCGGAGGAACGGGGCAAGGCGAGCUUUUCGCUCGUCCCAGGUCCGGGCACCCACUGGUUCCGCUACCGAGGGGUAUGGAUGCGACUGACGCGUGAACGCGACGGCAAGAUGGUCGAUCUCACGACGGGCGCGCCGUGGGAGACGGUGACGCUUACGACGCUCUUUGCCUACGCCCAUCUGUUUCCGCAGAUGCUGGACGAGGCACGGCAGCUGGCACUGUCAUCGACAGAGGGCAAGACAGUGAUCUACACGAGCUGGGGCCCUGAGUGGCGGCCGUUCGGCCAGCCGAGGCGCACGAGGGAGCUGGGAAGCGUGGUGCUGGGCAGAGGAAAGAAGGAGGCGAUCGUAGACGACGUCAAGAGGUUCCUCGAGCGCGACCGCUGGUACGCUGAGCGUGGUAUUCCGUAUCGAAGAGGCUACUUGCUGCACGGUGCUCCUGGAAGUGGCAAAUCGUCGUUCAUCACGGCACUAGCAGGGCAUCUGGACUUCAACAUUUGCCUGCUCAACCUUUCGGAACGAGGACUGACGGACGACAAGUUGAACCACCUGCUUUCCAAUGCUCCGGACCGCUCCAUAUUGCUGCUCGAAGACGUGGAUGCUGCGUUUUUGGGACGGCAGCAGGCGGCAGAGGAUGGCUACCAAGCGUCGGUGACGUUUUCGGGUCUUCUCAACGCUCUGGACGGCGUUGCGAGCGGCGAGAGCCGCAUCAUCUUUAUGACGACGAACCACAUCGAGCGGCUCGAUCCGGCGCUUAUUCGACCGGGACGUGUGGACAUGAUAGCCGAGCUGGGCGAUGCCGAGGAGGAGCAGGUGGUGGAGCUCAUGAUGCGAUUCUACCGCACCACCAUGCGAGAGAUGGCGCUCAAGAGCCUCGAGCUGCCUCCCGCGGCCAUCGAGGCUGCCAAGCCGCUCCUCACGCAGGCUGCCGAGGCGACCGAUCAUGCAUCCACCGAGAUCGCCUACAAGAGUCUCGAAGCUGUGGCUGGUCUUCGCGAGGCUGUCGAGCAGACGGAUGCCCGACUGAGCCAGCUCGCCAACGAAUUCGGCCAAAUCGUCGUGGCAGAAGCACAGCAGAGACGAGCAGCUGUGGGACUGGGCCUCGACGGUAGGCCCUUGGCUGCUCCCGCGCCGCCAGCGAGCCAAUCGAACCCGGAUGCGACGGGCGCUUCUUCGACGACGGAUCUGCAACGAGCUCUGCGCCCAGCACCGGCAGCAUCAGGGGGAGUGAGCAUGGCCGAACUGCAGGGCCUCUUCAUUCGCUUUCCCGACGAUCCGCAGGCAGCUGCAAAAGCCUUUAUGGGCGAGAAUGCCUGGCGACGCACCCCUGCUGGGCCGUGA